AUGCCCUCUUGUUGCGCACAGUCGACUCUCCUCGCCCAUCGCCCUGCCGCUGGCCUUGAAACGCCCUCGCAGCUCCCUUCUUCACUCCCCUCCCAUUACCCACUUCGUCGCCUUUGCGCUCGCUCUGAGCCGCCCUCCCGUUGCCUAUCAUCUCUCCACUCCCAUCCCGUCGCCCUCGUGUUCCCCUCUCAUCUCGCCCUCGAACCGGGCUCUUGUCCAGUAGCCCUCAUUCGAUUUUGCCGCCCUCUCUCAGGCCCAAAGUCUUCAUACGCAGCAAAUAAUCCUAACCUCUCUUGCUCUUUGCAGAACCUUCACAAGCUGCCACCGCGCUUGUGCUUGUCACCUUCCCCCGCCAUCGCGCUCACGUUCUCCCCUUCCCCCGCCAUCGCGCUCACGUUCUCCCCUUCCCCCGCCAUUGCGCUCACGUUCUCCCCUUCCCCCGCCAUCGCGCUCACGUUCUCCCCUUCCCCCGCCAUCGCGCUCACGUUCUCCCCUUCCCCCGCCAUCGCGCUCACGUUCUCCCCUUCCCCCGCCAUCGCGCUCACGUUCUCCCCUUCCCCCGCCAUCGCGCUCACGUUCUCCCCUUCCCCCGCCAUCGCGCUCACGUUUUCCCCUUCCCCCGCCAUCGCGCUCACGUUCUCCCCUUCCCCCGCCAUCGCGCUCACGUUCUCCCCUUCCCCCGCCAUUGCGCUCACGUUCUCCCCUUCCCCCGCCAUCCCGCUCACGUUCUCCCAUCUUCGCACCACCUUCGCGCUCAUGGUCUCCCCUCCCAUCUCCCUCGUGCUCACGUUCUCGUCUCUCCUCGCCUUCUCGCUCGCACCUCCCGUCCCUUCCUGUUGCCCUCGUGUUCUCCCGUCCCGUCCCGUCGCCUUCGCGCUCGCACCUCCCGUCCCGUACCGUCGCCUUCGUGCCCUCCCCUCCCCAAUGCCCCUCCCAUCACCCAACCAGUAA